UCAAGAUAUUUUUAUGCUUUGCUUGAAUUCAUUUUUACUGAAUACUGAACUUUCUGUUUAACUCAAUUAUUUUAACAUAUUAAUUGCCUUGGCUCUAUCUGUCCUUGAAUUAACUAGUGUUCGUUAAAAUUCAGUCAGUGGUGUGGACUUGCAGGGCACUGCUGACGGGGAAAAAUGCAACGAUUAUACAUUUUACAUUAAAUUCAAUGUUACGAGUGAACUCAUUUCUUCCACAUUUGAUAGUAACGUUGGAAAGAUUGGAAAUUGCAGAAUGGUUGGAGGUUUUUUUUUCCCCACAUACUGUAUAUUCAUAUGGGCAACCAUGUCUGUGUGUUUGGUAUUUGUUGUAUUUUUUCCCACAUUUCGUGUUUGAUUGGACCCCAGAUGCAGAGAGACAGACGCAAUGUGUGAGAAAGGUAGUACUGAGGAAGCGUUGAGGAACGACCUGCUGGUGUUUUUCCGCUGCAGCCUCUGUGCUUAAAAGCAACACUAAUUGCAGAGAAGCUGCAGGUGUGCCUCGUUGUUUUAGCCCGUCACUGGAAAUAAUGCCAUCUAGGGAGGAAACAGGAAACGCAAUAAAAGCAUGACUUCGUUGUUGAGUGUAAAAAUCAAUGGCAACCAUUGUAAGAUUUUAUUUACUGUAAUUCUUGAGGUAGAAUUCCAGCAACUUCAGCUGCUGGACGACUACAGAACAGACUGAUGAUAAAACAAAGUUCUCUACUAUAUUACUGUCUGACCUGCAAGUGAGGCCUGCAGUUCUUUGGAUGUUGUUGUGGGGUCUUUUGUGACCCUCUUGGGUGAGUCGUGGCUGCGCUCUUGGGGUCAUUUUGGUUGGCCGGCCACUCCUGAGAAGGUUCACCACUGUUCCAUGUUUUCGCCAUUUAUGGAUAAUAGCUCUCACUGUGGUUUGCUGGAGUCCCAAAGCUUUAGAAAUGGCAUUUUAACCUUUCCCAGACUGAUCGAUCUCGAUUAAUCUCAAUUAAGUUUUAAGACGCUAACUGGUGAACGCAUACAAACCGAGGCAAAACUGUGGUGCAAAUUUUCGACGUGAACUGAAAACACGCCAACCGGGGCGGACGCUAACCGAGGUUCCACUGCAUAAUUCUUUCAAAUGAAGCAUACCACAAAAAUGUUUGAACUGACUCGGUUUUGGACCAGCAUCCUGGGUUGUGUCCAAAAUGCAUUUUUUAAUUGGCCCGUGGUGUACUUUAAAAAUAAAAUUGAACAUGUGCAGAAAACAAAGAAAAACUGGACAUUUCUUUACAGUUAUUUCAUAGCUUAGCAUAUAUUGACCACCAGUGGGUUGAUUUUACCCUUUUUAAUGAAUUAAAAUGUGAAGAAUAUCAAAGUGGCCACCACUCGCUUCAGUUUUUCUCAGUGUGGAAAAAGUCUGGACCCCCUUGCCUAAGAGCAGGGGUGUCCAAAGUGUGGCCUGGGGGUCAUUUGCAUCAUUUUUUAUUGCACUGCGGCACACUGUGAAAAUACAAUUAAACAAAAAAACUACAGCAUAUGCAGUCUGUGAUAUAUGCAGUACAAAUAUAACUUAACUAUAAGAAUGAAAUCAAAAUAUCAACAUGACCCCUGCAUCGUUUCAUCUUUCAAUAUGCAGCCCUCGGUGGAAAAACUUUGGACCCUUUGCCUUAGAGCAGGGGUGUCCAAAGUGCGGCCCACGGCACAUUUUUAAAAGCGAUAAAUAAUUUUACAAGAACCAAAGCAACAGUGGAAAAUUCAGCAGUAAUUUUACUAGAAUAAAGUGAAAAUAUUAAGAGGAAAAAAAGUUCUGAUCUGAUGAUGACAAGUUGAAUUUUAGGAGAGUAAUGCCUUAAUAUUAUGAGGAACAAUAAUGUAAUUUUUGUAGCAUAAAGUUAAAAUACAACGCUUUUUUAAAAACGUAACAUUAUGAGAAAUACACAAAACAAAAUAAAGUUGUCAUUUUUGGAAAAUUUGUUUGCGGAGAAAGUUAUAUUAUUAUGGGAAUAAAGUCAUGAUAUUACGAGUAGAAAAUGUAAAAUUAUUUCAGAAGAAAGUCCGAAUGUUUAGAAAGCGGAAAAGAAAACAACAGCAUGGGAAUAAAGAGCAAAAGACCAAAGUUCAUACAAACAAUAUCACAAAGCUGACAUGCACUUUUUUCUCGAAGUACAUAUAACGUCUUAGCAUAUCUACACGUAUUGCUUAACAAAAUAUCAGCAUGGCCCUUGCAAGUUUUCAUUUUUCAGAAUACGACCCUUUGUGGAAAAGGUUUGGACCCCCCCUUGCCUUCGAGGUUCUACUGUAUAUCUUAAAUCCCCAUGAGUGUGCAGCACCUUCACACCCUGUGACCCAUUAAAUGAAAACACACAGUGCGCCAGAACAGACAGAUCCAUGCCUGAAACGAGUCAUUGUAAAAGCAGCCUGUCUCACCGCUGACAGAGUGGCCUGGUCGCACACGUGUACGUGCACGCACACACACACACACACUACGUAUUGACACACAUGCAGGUGUUAUCAUAAACAGAAGUGUUUCCAAGUACAGAAUGAGGAUGUGAUGGUUUUCAGUGUGCCCUUGUUUACCUUCCAUGCGGUGUUGUGGCCCCCCCACUUGCGUGCAUGCAUGCACGCGUGUGCCUGUGCAUCCCCUCUGUCUGCCGGCGGUGACCUAAGGUUGAACCCGCACAGAGAGAGAUAUCGUUUUUAUAACACAGAAAGAGAGCGAGAGACAGUGCGGGUUAAAGUCUCCUUGAAGAUCAGGAAGACGUUGACUAGUAGGGAGCAGCAGACUUCAUCAUACUUUGAACAUAUUUCUUUUAUGUUAUGUUAUUAUAUUUAUUCUCAAAAGUGGAGAAGGCAGGGUAGGGCUGAUACAUCACAAGUUUAUUAUAAAAAUAAGCACGCACCUGUGUUGUGGAUGGAGUGGCCCAUGGUGGCGGUGGUGGGGUUAUGGUAUGGGCAGCCACUAUGUUAUGGCCAACCAUAACAUUUUGAAUGAUCCGUGACAAGAUACUGAGUCCCACUGUUUGUGCCACUCAUCCAUGACCAUCACUUCCAUGUUGCAGCAUGACAAUGCACGGCCCUAUGUUGCAAGGAUCUGUACUCAAUUCCUGGAAGCUGGUUCUUGCGUGGCCAGCAUACUCACCAUGUCACUCAUCGAACACCUGCGCAAAGAAAUAUUAUCUACCUUAAUGGAAUCCCAUUAUUAACUCAUUCAAUACCAAAGUCGUAGUUCUGCGUUUUUAUAUAUCCCAACAACAGAUUUAUCCGUCUUUUAUACGUCUUUUAGGCAAAAAGAGGUGACGACGCAGCUCCCCACUGAUACAUUCCACUUUCAGAGCAAUUUUAAGCCAUAAAAACGGCCACAAGGUGGCAGAAGUGCAUUUGAUAAGAGCUCGGCAGAGAUCGUGCGGACGGUGAAAACACAUGGAAGGAGGAAGUGAGCGAGCGUGCAGAAGGUUAGGCAUCGUGGGGAAAUUGUAACGCGUGCACACACGCGCACGCGCGUGCGCACAAUCGUCAGUUCCAAAUGUGAAAAUAUUUGUAAAUAAAUUGUUAUUUUGAUGUAAAACAAUCCCUUUUUGUGUUGUUUAUGUUGUGGUAUAUUUGUUUAGAUAUUUGAGCUGUCACAAAACCAAACAAUACUUGUGUCAAAGUGAAAGUUAUACUUCAAAUCUUUUCACAAAAAGCUGCUUUUCUCCCUUUUCUAGUCUGGAGUUGACAUUUUCCUGAAACUUACCUAUGCUUGUUUGUCUAUAUGUGCCCUGCGAUUGGCUGGCAACCAGUCUAGGGUGUACCCCGCCUCUCGCCCGAAGUCAGCUGGGAUAGGCUCCAGCAUACCCCCGCGACCCUAAUGAGGUUAAGCGGAUGAUGGAAGAAUGAGUUAAUAUAUUCAUAUAACAAUAUACAACAAUGUGAAAGAUAUCAACAAAAUACAAUUGUUCCCCUUCAUUCCAUACAAUUGUUUGAGCAAAAUAAGUAAACAAAAAUAACUACUAUUGUCUCUCAUUCAAAGUCUUUGGCUUUUUGACUCCAAAGCUCUGUCCAAUGACUUAUUAUAUAAUAACAUAUAGCACAUAUAUACCCAGUGUGACACUAUGAACAGCACAACAACAAUAAAAAAUAAACAGAAUAGCGCUAAAAGAUAUCGAUCAUACCACGCUAGUAUCGCUCUGAUACUGAUGCUACUCUUGGUAUCGAUAUUCGGCUCAAUCUUCUCCCCCAUCUUUACUUGCAAUGCCACCUUGAAUGUAAUUAGACAUGCACUCGGACCGGAUGAUGCCUUGUGUCUGUCUAACUUCACGGCGAUGUUGCAGAACACCAAUAAAUCCUAUUAAUAUAACCCACAUGGCGACAUUAAAUUGUUCAUACAUUUAAUAAGUCAGAGGGAAAUGUAUAUUAUGGCUGUGUUAUACUUCGUCUUUUUAUUUUUUGUACUUUUAAAAACCAAAAGGGGCCACUAUAGAGCCAAAAGUUUAAGACGCUCCUCCUUUCCAUGUUGUGAAGUUGCAGAAAACGCGCUUUGCUCUUGAAUGCAGCUCGCCUCGCCUUCAAGUCAAGCUAAUGAGUGUGUAAACUAGUUGCCUUAUUUCCAACAAAAGACGUCUUGGGGGAGUCUCGCAGGGAAUCAUCACCUUUUCUCAGUAAAAUCCGCCAAGGAUUGUCUGCGUGCAACAGGAGGUAAGGAUUAAAAGAUGGAACAAAUGGUGACGCCAGCCAGCCAGCCAGGACAGGCCGGGGGCGGGUCCGAGCGACACCCACAAUUAAAGAUGAACUUUGCGUGAACUAAUUUAUCUGCGGGAGGAGAAGGUGACAGGCUGAGUUCUCGGUUCGCCUAUAAAAGGCGCCGAAAGAUCAGCCAGGAGCCUCACUCGGUCGUCUGACAUCCACCUGAGCUGAUAAGGAAAACGCUUCAUAUUCCAACAUGGCUCUGAGCACGCUGCUGGCUACCUUCCUGUGCACCAUCGUGCUGCCUGUCUUACUCUUUCUGGUGGCCGUCAAGCUCUGGGAAGUUUACAUGACCCGCGGCAGAGACCCGAGCUGCCCCAGCCCGCUCCCUCCUGGAUCCAUGGGCUUGCCUUUCUUCGGGGAGACGCUGCAACUCAUCCUGCAGAGAAGAAAGUUUCUGCGCAUGAAGCGCCAGAAGUACGGCUACAUUUACCGGACUCAUCUGUUUGGGAACCCCACUGUGCGCGUCACCGGAGGCGACAACGUCAGGCAGAUUCUCCUGGGGGAACACAAGCUGGUGUCCGUGCAGUGGCCCGCGUCUGUGCGCACCAUCCUGGGCUCCGACACGCUGUCAAACGUGCACGGAGCGCAGCACAAAACGAAGAAAAAGGCCAUCAUGCGAGCGUUUUCUAGGGAAGCUCUAGAGCUCUACAUCCCCGUCAUCCAGGAGGAGGUGAGAGCUGCAGUAAAAGACUGGCUUGCGAGGGACUCCUGUGUGCUGGUGUACCCCGAGAUGAAGCGUCUGAUGUUCCGAAUUGCCAUGAGGAUCCUUCUGGGCUUCGAGCCGGAGCAGAUUCGGACUGACGAGCAGCAGUUGGUUGAGGCGUUUGAGGAAAUGAUCAAGAAUUUGUUUUCCCUGCCCAUCGAUGUACCCUUCAGUGGACUGUAUAGGGGUCUGAAAGCUAGAAACUUCAUUCAUUCCAAGAUAGAGGAGAACAUCAAGAAGAAGAUCCAAGAUUCAGAGAAAGAGUCCAAACAUGGAGAUGCUCUGCAGCAGCUCAUAGACAGCUGCAGGAAGAACGGAGAGCCGUUCAGCAUGCAGGCUAUUAAGGAGUCUGCUACAGAACUGCUGUUUGGGGGCCAUGAAACCACCGCCAGCACAGCCACCUCUCUCAUUAUGUUCCUGGGCCUGAACCCUGAAGUGGUGGACAAACUCCGGCAGGAACUGACUGACAGGGAGGAGGAAGGAAUGCAACUCCAGAGUCUGAACAUUGAGUCGUUGGAGCAACUGAAGUACACCGGUUGUGUCAUUAAAGAGACACUAAGGAUCAACCCUCCUGUCCCUGGAGGUUUCAGAGUGGCGCUCAAGACUUUCGAACUCAAUGGCUAUCAAAUUCCCAAAGGCUGGAAUGUCAUCUACAGUAUCUGCGACACCCAUGACGUGGCAGAUAUCUUCCCCAACAAAGAGGACUUCCAGCCUGAACGGUUCAUGACAAAAGCCUCGAGCAGCUCGUCGAGGUUCCAGUACAUCCCUUUCGGUGGGGGCUCGCGGAUGUGCGUGGGGAAGGAGUUCGCCAAGGUCCUGCUGAAGAUCUUCCUGGUGGAAGUGGUCACAAAGUGUCACUGUACUCUGUUAAAUGGGCCACCCAUGAUGAAAACAGGACCAACUGUUUAUCCUGUGGACAAUCUGCCAACCAAGUUUACCCACUAUGUUCAAAAUUAGACUAGUAGUAGUAGUAGUUGAGCCACAAAUAAUCUGUUUUUACCUCAAAGCCACAAUUUGGAAGCACUCGUGUGUUCCUAGGAACCCAUUCAAGAGUUGGAUUGCUCAUUACAUUUCUUUUUUUUUUUUUUUUUUGCAAAAAUGUGUACAUGCUGUAAAUAUUUGGAAUGUAUUUUAUAUUGAUACGUUGGAUUUGUACAUAGCUUUUUCUUUUUUUUUUUUAAAGAUGAGAUUAAACUAAACAUGAGGCACUAUUCAGACAUUGGAACACUAAUCAGUUCAGAGGUGUAUCUUUAGGAUCUUGUACAUAUGUAGAGUCACUUAUAUAACUUUUGUAUCUUCAACUUAUUUAAGUGCUAUAUUGUGUUGGAUUUUUAUUUAAUAAUAAAAACAUUUUGUGGAGGUUUUUUUUUUGUCAUUUCAUCCUCCAAAUCAA